AUGACGGAGUGUCGGUGCCUGAACAAGCACUCGCACCCUGCGGCGACGAGAGGGUGUGCGGAGGGGUGCAUGAUGUGCUGCGGCUACACCACGCCCGCCGUGAUCGGCUUCCUCAUCGCGGGCCUCGUCGUUGCCAGCGACGUGUACAGCAUCAUCCUCAUCGCACGCAAUCCGCACAGCGCGUGGUGCGUUAUUGUCUGCCUCAUUGUAUUUCUUUUUACCACCGUGAUCGGGGUUGUCGUGUGCUGGUCCUACUACGCCAUCAUUUUCACCCCACCGGGCUUUGUACCGCACGAGACGUGGCAGUAUCCACCGGCGUACGGCGGGCCGCCGCUGCCCCAAAGGGACCAAGGCAGAGGGCAGGCGCGCUUUCCGGCUGGGGGCGGCGGUGGGGAAGGACCUGGGGCUUCGCAGCCGCCCCAGCCAGGCGGCCCGGCACACACCCCGCCGCCGCAGCAGCAGCAGCAACUGGCGCCCUCCCUGUCACGACGCUCACCAAACCACUCCGGUGAUCGCACCGACCCGUCCAGCUACCCGACGCCACCACCGGGUCCUCCGCCACAACUCCCAGCACGCGCAGCACCGACCACCUCGGCAAACCCGCUGCAAGACGGCGAGGACGCAGCCCCCCGCAAGGCGACGAGUGACGCCGGCGGUGCCGCUGUUGUUGCGGCCGUCCUCUUCAAUGACAGCGACGACAGUGGCAACGGCGGCCCCCGAGAGCGGCCGCGGCAGAACCACGAUGACGCGACGAAGCUGGCAGAGGGAGCAGUGGUGACUGGUGGCGCUGCUGUCUCUCCGGCAGGUGCGCAAUCCGGCAGUCACAGCCCCUACUCGACGCCACGCCUUUCACUGCGCCUCGCCCCUGCAACGGCAGCGGCGGCGCCCCCUUCAGCACCUUUACUGAACCCGUACACCGUUCAUCAGGUCCACCCGAACGGGUCUCUGCGCUACUGUUACGCCUGCCAUCAGUUCAAGCCCGACGACGCCCAUCACUGCCGGAUGUGUGAGAGGUGCGUCUUCAACUUCGAUCAUCACUGCCCGUUCGUGAACAACUGUGUUGGCCGCAACAACUAUAAGCUGUUUGUCGUCUUUCUGCUGUACAGCGGCGUGGGCGCCACACUGGGGGGUGCGUUGAUGGCGGUGACGCUGUUUGCGGUGGACAGAGACGAGAUGAUGUCGAAGAUUGGUUGGGCGGCGGUGCCGGCCGUGGACGUGGUACUCGGCCUCUCCCUCCUCUUAUUCUACGUUCAGCACCGCGUGCUGCUGUGCAGGGGCGAAAGCACGCUCGACAGCAUCGCACGCGGCGACGACACCUUCCAGGGAUGGCGGCAGGCGUUCACACGCCCAAAGCGAUCGGCGGCGGAGAAGGAGGAGCUGAAGCGGCAGAAAGCGAUACGAGUGGAGCGGCAUUACCGGGCUUUGUUGGGCAACGAGUCGCCGUGGUGGCGACGGUAUCUGCCGUCACCGGUGCGCACGGACGACAGGGCAGAUGAUACCGUGUCGGGAAAUGUGUAG